AUGCUGACUGCAGUUGCAAAUGAAAGUAACACCUACGAGAUAGUGACAGAAUUAUGUGAAGAUGCUGCAAAUGUUGACAUCCCAAUAGCAAGGGAAUCAAUUCGAGCUGUUGGCAAGAUAGCACUGCAGCAGUAUGAUGUCAAUUCCAUUGUUGAUCGACUUCUACAGUUUCUGGAGAUGGAAAAGGACUAUGUUACAUCUGAAGCUCCGGUGCUUGUGAAAGAUCUUCUAAGAAAAUAUCCUCAAUGGAGUCAGGAUUGUAUUGCGGUUGUUGGGAAUAUCAGUAGCAACAAUGUCCAAGAACCUAAAGCUAAGGCAGCUCUCAUAUGGAUGUUAGGGGAGUAUUCUCAGGAGAUGCAUGAUGCUCCGUAUGUCCUGGAAAGUAUAAUUCAAAAUUGGGACGAGGAACAUUCUGCCGAGAAAGCAUUAGGAGCUGCACUGGCUGCUGGUCUUGCUGACUUUCACCAGGAUGUUCAUGAUAGAGCCUUGUUUUAUUACAGGCUUCUACAAUGCAACGUAUCAGUGGCAGAGAGUGUGGUGAACCCUCCCAAACAAGUACAAGCGCAACUGGUCAAGCUCCAGCAUCUAUCAUGGCAAUUGAUGAUCUGUUUGGUUUAG